AUGGCAUUCCUCACCGGUAGUGAUAUUAUCUUUGACAGAAUUGGUGGAGUUCUCGGUGAUGCUCGUCUCCGAUUGGGUUUCUCAUGUGCCACUCUUGCUUUAGCAGAUGUAGGGAUUAUGAUGUUUGAUUCGGUUGCUGCGGUUUCUGUCUCUUGUGUGGGGAAGAAUCUUGUGAUUGACCCUGUUUCAGAAAAAGAAAAUUAUCAAAAUGGUAGUCUUAUGAUUGCUUGUUUACCCUCACGUAAUGAGGUUACUCAGUUGAUAAUAACCGAAGAAUGGUCUUCCCCAAAGAUUCAUGAGGCAGUGGAACUAUGUCUUGAUGAGUGCACAAAAGCUUAA